AUGUCCGACCGCGACUCGCCUGUGGGCUCGCCCGCAGCUGGACCCGUCGAUGAUGGUCAGGAGAAGGAGUUUCAGAACGACCUGGCCGGGGAAGGCUCGGAUCGCGACUCGGACGCCCUGUCUGAAAUCGAUGAAAACGAGUUUGAGGAUUACGAUCCCGAGACAGCCAAUAUCGAGGAUCGGCCGGUGAAUAUUGACGAGGAUGUCGCCCGCACCCUCAAGGCGAGCAAACGCAAGCGCGUCGCUGGCGACGCACCGAAGAAACCCCGCGAGGGCCGUCGGGAAAAGAAGAAGCGAGACGGCAACGACCAAGUGGCAGUGGAAGACGGCGGAGUAGACUCGGAUGCGAAAUCACAGAGACGGGCGCGAAGAGCCGGCGAUGGCGGUGAGAGGCCGAGAGCCAAACCCGAUGCCCCGGAGCCCGAGGGUGAGGAAAACCUGAGUCCAGAGGAGCGAAGAAAGAGGGCCAUCGACAGGGCGUUGGAUGCGGCGAUGAAGAAGGGCGGAACGACGAAACGCAGGCGCAAGGACGAAAUUGACUUGGAAGACGAGAUUGACGAGCAGUUGGCAAGUCUCAAAGUACAGAUGGAGCGAGCAUGCCGAGCGGACAAUGAGGCCCGCGAAAAAAACCAGCCCGCCCUUCACAAGCUGAAGCUGCUCCCCGAAGUCAAUGCGAUUCUCAACCGAAACAACGUGCAGCACGCGGUUCUCGACCCCGACACCAACUUCUUGCAGCAUGUCAAGUUUUUCUUGGAGCCGCUCAACGACGGGUCUCUGCCGGCCUACAACAUCCAGCGCGAUCUCUUCACGGCAAUGACCAAGCUCAACGUGGAAAAGGAGGCUCUUCUCAGCAGUGGCAUCGGCAAGGUGGUUCUCUUCUACACGCGAAGCAAGAAGCCGGAACCGAGCAUCAAGCGCAUGGCGGAGAGGCUGCUGGGCGAAUGGAGCCGCCCCAUUCUGAAGCGGACCGAUGAUUACAAGAAGCGACAGAUUGAGAGUCGCGAGUACGAUUACCAGGCCGCCCGGCUGGCGCAACGUCAGAAAAUCGGGGCGCAGCUUAACCUCACGCAGCGGCCAGCCCUGUCGGCUCGAGAUGCCGAACGUGAGCGCGUCCUGGCACGCGUUGGGUCCAGCAAUCGCGCGCGCAUGACAAGUCUGCCCGAGAGCUAUACGAUUGCACCCAAGAGCACGUUUGAAGGCGCUCGUGGCUCGGAGCACAGACCGCUCGGCGCUGGCGGCAUGGAGGCGUUCAGAAAGAUGACGCAAAAGAGCAAGAAGAGAGGUUGA